GACUUACCGCUGCGAUGGCAGCGACCCCAGGCAUUUCAAGUCUAGUGUGUGUACAAACACCAGCGCAUUCUGUUCCCUCAUUCAUUUCUCUGCUCUGAAUCCGAUGGGUCGGCAGACCGGCACGACCGGUGAAAGGUCAGGCGCGGAUCCAACGACUUUACGUGCGUUCCAAGAAACGAGGGUGAAACACUGCCGAUCUUCCUGGCUCCGUACCUAUUAAUAAUGGUCAUUUUACUCAGAAAAGGCAUUAAGUAUCACUUUUUGACCGGCGCGGCGCGGGAAUCGAACCCGUGACACGUUGCACAGCAGGUAUUCACCCAACCACCGCGCUAACCGUGCAACUAUCGUAGGAAUUGUGUAAUAUUUAGGAGGUACUAGUAAAUGAAAGAAACAUUUUCAAUAUGUACCUGUUUUUGUAAAAUACCUUGUUCGUUGAGUUGUCGAAAUGAUUGUCGAAUAUAAGCCUAUGAGGUCUUGGGUUCGAUUCUGGGUCUGAACCAGCGUUAUAUCUACGCUAUGUUAAUUUUAUUAUAAGAAUGCGCGCCAUAACGUAAGUAAGUAGAUAACUACUUUACAAAAAUAACGUACAUUAGUAACUAUGUAAUAAGCACAGAUAGGUACUUAUGUAAAAUACAUAACACGUAAGGUCAAUGUCCUCAAUCGAGUAACAUAUAGGUUCUUGUACCUAUAGUGAGAAGGUGACAUACAGAUUAAAACUACGAGAUGAUAAUUAUGUAUUUGUAAGUAACUAGAACUUUAAAAAAAUGUUUAAAUCAUUUAAUAUCUUUACAUUAGGUAUUUGAGAAUAUAAAUCGUUUAUAGACGACACACCUGAAGAUACAACACAUACAGACUGCAGCGACAGACCUACUCGUUGUCCUAUGCUAAGCUACCUGCGUACCUGUUCGGUGCCGAAGUGACCGAAAUGUCGUUUGACCGGUUCUCCUGCUCGCACUCGUGGGCUAUUAUCUCUCGCAAAUUCCCUCCCAACGACCGAUUGGUUCGCCCACCAUACCUACACAUACCGUUUGACAAACGGUCAGAUUUUUGUCCUCAUGUGGCCAAACAACAGACGUUGGUGCUUCGUACGUUGUAAACUUACAGUUCAUAAUCUAGUCGAACUUCUGUUAAUAGUUUACGUUCAAAAUAUUUACGUGCGCAAUAAUUUCUAUAAAAGAAGCACAUAAUUAAAUUCGAGUUGCUAUAACUUUUAAAUAAUGCGCGCGACGUGUGAUGUGUUAUGUUGAAAUUAUGCAUUUUUCCGUAGAUAUGUUGUUGUGAUUUAGUGAACAUCAGUUAACAUUUGAUAGUAUAAUUUUACAGUGGAAUUGUGGAAUUAAAAUGAGAAAUAUUUUACUACUUAGUUGAAGAUUUCAAAAUCAUGAAUCGCGCUUCUUCCAGAAAUAUGGAAUCAUUACCUAAACAGUUUGUUUCGGCGAUGCGUACCCUGUUCGAUAUUAUGGACGACAAACACACUGGGUAUGUAAAACUCACCGAUAUAGAAAACCGUUGGAGAGACGAUCGUACAAGAGGCUUACCUCGAGGAGUCAUAGAAAGUUUACAGAAAGUGGCUUCACCCGAUGGACUGUUAACCUUUGAAAGAUUCUGCACUGGGCUCAAAAUCUGCCUGUUACGUAAUCAGGUUGAUAACAAUUCGGGCAAAGACGAUAGAUUUAGCGAUGAUGUUGAAAGCACAGGCUUACAUACACAAAUGGUCUCUCAAACUCAUCGGCCGCCAUCAGCACCGCUAUUAGAUGUAAAUGAUUCCCAGAACAUAGAAAGAAAUUGGAUGGUUUUAAAAAGCUCUGACACUUCUUCACAACACCGCACGAUAAGUAUGCCCCAACUAAUAGGACGUAAAGAAGCCCUAGUUCCAGAACCCCGCCACUUAGGACCGGUGACUAUUUCGAAACACGACGGAUCUCGAAGAGUUUACGGACCUCCAAAACCUCCACGACUUGAAAAACCAAGUACAGAAAGAAAUGAAACAUCGAAGUCUAGUUAUAAAUCUGAAGAAGAAAUUGUAUUUGACAGUGAAGAGUUAUCUGUUGAUAAAAUUGAUUUUGAAGAAAUGUCUCGAGCUGUAGAAGAACAAAGUAGAGGUCUCGGUGAUGGAAGAUCAGCGAAUGAAACCCAAUCUCAAAUGCGGCGAGUCUCACGUCGGCGUGAACCUCGGCGCCAUACUUUGCACAAUGGUGUGGACUACAAUCUUCUGAAACGCAUGAAACAGAUUGAGCAGGAGAAAGAUGUUCUUCUGCAAGGCUUAUCAGCUGUAGAAGAAGCUCGAGAGUGGUAUUUAAAGCAGUUAGCAGAAGUUCAAGAAAAAAUGCGUUACGCGGGUAGAAUGGGUGCAUAUGUGGAACCAUGGAGUGAAGCGCAUCAAGAGCGUUUAGAAUUACUAAAAGCACGAAUAUUGGAACUGAAUCGUCAACUGGGAGCAUUGGCAGCAGGUUGGCGACAUGGGCAGCUGUCGCUCCAUAUGAACUUAGCAUUACCUGCGGCUUCGCUGUCCGCUACAGGAACCAGUGCUACGCCAAACAAUGCAACGGUACUUCGAUCACAAAACCGAAUGCUUGCAGAGGAAGUCAACCGAAAAAAUGAGAGAAUAACAGUGUUGGAACGUGAAAAAUCUGCACUUAUCAGAGAACUGCUACUUCAAAGGAACAGAUCAAAAUUAAUUGAUACUUUUACAUAGUACAAUACCCUUAUGUGUGUAAAGAUAAAAAUCUACUAAGAAUUUACUAAUAAGAAAAUUAUUUUUUCCUUGCUCUUGGAACAAAAAGCUUUUCUUUGUAAUAUUGUAAUUCACAACAGUAAGGACAGGUGUUCUUUCUUUGGCAAAGUGAUUGAAGAAUUUUGUUUUCCAAUCCUUAUGUACCUACUUACUACUUGACUUACUUACUUUGUUUUACUUUAAAUUCUUUGCUUUACUCAAAGAUUAUAAUGUAAACUAAAACCAUGUUGUUUGUUUGUUGCAGUAUAAGUGUGAAUAACUGUAAUAUUGUGUAUAUUUGGUUACAUAACAAUGUAACAAUAAUUAAUUAAUUACCCAAAAACCAAGACAUUGAAGUGUUUAAGAAAGAACUAAAAUAAUAUCAAAAUAGAAUAAAUUAUUUACAAAUGUU